CAUAAAUAUGGCCACCGGUACACACCAUCUUUGUCAGCCUCUCAUGCGCUGUUACAUCAGUUGCUGUCAACCAAAUUUUUAAACCAUUUCCUACAAACACAUAUCAGGAACGAAACCUCAUUCCAUUCACUUUCAACACACACUCUCCCUCCCUCUCUCUCUCUAUCUCUCUGUAUUCUCCCCUGCUAAGGAAGAAGAUGGCGCAGCCGGAGGAUGUGGAGAUCAGCAGCGGAGACAGUGGCGGUGCCGGGCCGUCCCAACCGAUGAUCGCUCUCGCCAUCAAGGGCCAGGAUGGUGAAGUGCUGCAUUUCAAGGUGAAUAUUCACAAGCCGAUCAAGAAGCUCCUCGUCAGUUACUGCCAGAAGAAGUUACUGGAUCUCAAACUCUUGACGUUCCUCAUUAACCAGAGGGACUUCGACCACCGCAAGACCCCUGCCGAACUUGGGCUGAAGGACAGGGAGUUGAUUGUUGUCGUGAUGACCAACUAUGGCGGCUGAUAAUCACCCGUCCAAUGUUCGUGGCACCUCCUACUCCCAACUUGGACUAUGAUUUUAGGAAUCAAAUGUUAACUGUCUCACUCACUAGAUGGGUAGAAGCUUUCUGAUUAAUCAGUUUUAACUUUGUGUACGUUUAUGUCAACUUUUGUGACUUCUACCUUGCUAUGAUCCUUGUUUUGUGAUUGGCUUCUUUCAUCGCCAUUUCUGGGUGAUGAAGCUUGACAAAUCAACGGGUUAUGCUGCA